AUGUCAUCCCCUCAUUUUAAAGUGAUCGUCGUUGGCGGCGGCCCCGUCGGUCUCACGGCCGCCCAUGCCCUCCACCAUGCUGGAAUUGACUUCAUGGUCCUCGAAGCACGCGACUCGGUUGUUCUGGAUCAGGGAGCCAGUUUGGUGCUGGGGCCGCCUAGCAUGCGAGUGAUGCAUCAGUUUGGUUUAUCGGAACGACUGGCAAAAAUUGGAUGCGAAUUGGCACGAAAUACAUCGUUCACACAAGAUGGGAAUCGAUUUGCGGACAGCAGGACGGUUCCUCACGUUUUCAGAACCAACCACGGAACCGCACCGGUCAUCUUCCACCGCGCACAACUCGUCGAAGCCUUAUACGAUGGAUUGCCCUCUGAUGCUCAAUCCCGAUACCUACUCAACAAGAAGAUCAAGUCCAUCGAAGUCUCAAAGGCCCAGGAUGGCGUCAAUGUCAUCUGUACGGACGGGAGCACAUAUCAGGGAUCGAUUGUGGUCGGUUCGGAUGGAGUGCACAGCAAGACGCGGACCCUUAUGCGUGAUAUGGCCAUGUCUCAGGAUCCUCAGCAGGUCUGGAGGGAUUCUGCUGACCCAUUCCUAGCCCAAUAUCGAUGUAUGUGGAGCAGCUUCCCACGGCCAGAGAGCGUUGAGGCGGGCCACGCCACCGAGGUACAGUCCAAGGAUAUGUCCAUCAUGUUUCUGGCUGGCAAAGAGCGAGGCUGGAUCUUCCUUUAUGAGCGUUUUCCGAGGGAAAACUCAGCAAAGGCGGCAGAGUCGACUGAGGCAGCGCGGGUGCGCUACACGGAGGAGGACAUGCAGUUGUUUGCGACGCAGUUCUCUGACUUCCCGGUUACGGAAACACUCAAGGUCAAAGAUUUAUACGUCACACGAUUGACCCAAGGAAUGACGAACCUGGAAGAGGGUAUUUUGACUCGCUGGAGCUGGAGACGAAUUGUCCUGGCGGGUGACGCGUGUCACAAAUUCACGCCGAACGCGGGUCGUGGGCUGAAUAAUGGAAUCCAAGACGUAGUUGCUCUGUGCAACGGUCUACAUGAGAUGCUGGAGUCGAGCCAGGACAUGUCACCAAAUGAACCCACCCUGUGCAGGGUUUUCGAUACGUACCAAAAAGCCAGGGCCGACCCAUUGCGAUCAGACUACGAUCAGUCCCGUCACAUGUCACGCAUGCAUGCCUGGGAGAACAAAUUGUACUAUUUCCUUGCCCGAUACGUCAUGUGCCGUGCAUGGAUUGUCACUUUGAUGUUGAAAUUGACCGGGAAUGGAGCCGGGGCGAUCAAGAAGGCGUUGGUCUUGAACUAUAUCCUCGCGGAUGAACCAUUUACAGCCCUUAUCCCUUGGGACCAUCCGUUGGUCAUCAAGGAAACAAAGGCAUGCUAG